CUAAUAUAAAUAGUAUACCGCUUAAUGCUUAUACUGAUUGGUGAUUGAUAGGUAGUUAAAAUUAAAUGCCGAUUUGUUGAUUUUGUAUUUUUGUCAUGUAAGCAUCUAGGGUUUUCCGUUUUUAUUCGUUUAACUUCUCCAGUUCUUGUAGUUCUGUUGUAACUCGUAGCUCUUAUUCACUUCGUAUUUGCUUAGGCAUUCCUUAGUCCUAACCACCACUCUCCAGACAUUACUACAUCGAGUACAUCAAUCGUUCACUCGUUCGGUCAUCAGCCCAGUGUAGCGGUCGGCAGUGGUUACUGUUUGGUUGUUCACCCUGAAUUCUUCACCACGACCAUCCGGCACGGGCGCGAGAUUAACUAUUAAAUUGUAUUUCGUUGGAUUAUCUACGCGUUCAAUACACCAUACUUCGUAUAGGCACAGAUUUUAUGAAAAUAUAAUCAUAUAAUCUGCGGUGUAAGUGCCAUAGUGUUAAUUCAUCAUUGAAACAACACACAUUUAAAUAUGUCUGACGAUUUUGUUACGUUUAACAUUCGCUGUGAAAAAGCAUUAUUUGAACUUAAAAUACAAACUCCUAGCAAUGUAUCUGGAUUCAUUGUAAAACUGAAAAAUGAGUUACAAUUGGAGGAAACAGAUGAUCUUGUGAUACUAUGUCCAACACCCGACGGAAGGAUGAUGGAAAUCCAAUCAGAUGAUGAUAUUGAAUUUUUAAAGAAAACAAAACUUGCCUAUAAUGCUGUAACCAAAGAAAUUUACUGCAAUGUAGAACUUGUGGUAACUGUAAUUCACAAACUGCCAAAUGACACAAAUGCUCAGUUUAAGAUGUUAUUAAAGAAACUUGACAAAUUAGAAUCUAAAGUUGAUGGAUUAUCGGAUGAAUUAACCAAACAAAUUGAUGAAAAUAAAAUCAAUACUCUUUCAAGUAUUAGGUCGAUUUUGACUGAGCACUUACAGAUAGAUUCGGGAAACAAAGCAAAGAAUAAUUCUUUAGGCGGCGAAGACUUAGAUGUAAAGCCCAGCCUUGGUCAGCGUCAAAAAAAAACCAAGAAAGACAAGGAAAAAUUGUCUUCAACAACUGCUGCAGUAACUAAUGAUAACUCAUCAACCACAUAUGAAAACUUGAAGUCGGAUGCACACACAUCAGCUCUGCCCACCUCGGUUCCAUCCACUUCGGCUCCAUCCACUUCAGCUCCACCCACUUCAGCUCCACCCACAUCAACUCCACGUCUCAUACCUAAAGAUAUUGAUGUUUUAUUAGAGAUGUUAGUAGCAGAUGGAUAUACCAAUACUAUCCAGAAUAUUAUAGUACUGAAGAGAUUUGAUAACAAUUAUGAAAAAGCCAAAAAUUAUUUAAAGUCAUGUUCUACUUAAGAUCAAUUUUUAUAAUUUUUGUUUAAAUUUCAAUUCUUUUUGAAAUAAGUUUUAUUAUUUAAUGAUCAUAUAUCAUACUUAAAAGUUGUCAAGUUAUGUUUUUUCUUAUUAUAUUGUAUAAGGAAAAUUAAAACAAUUAAUUUUUAAUAACUAUCCU